CACAUCUGGAAAACAAUGACCAAAAACAAACCAACCCCAAUUGAACAAAACUGACACAUAAGCACGCACGGUGUUGUAGUGCUAGCUCCACUUCAAUGGUUGAUUCUAGAAAAGAAAAAGCAGAAAAAAAAACUCCUUUUGAAAGCCUAUAAAAAUCCCAUCUCUAUGUCAUCACAAUUCACAACUUUUGUUUGAAGAUAUAUAUUUUUUUCUACAGUAUUACAGACGGGGAAAGCAACAAUGAAGUUCAUCUACUAUGUGGGGCUGGUUGUUGUGGUUGUAAGUGCUUUUGGGAUUGAGAAAAGCGUUUAUGGAGCAACAAAUGCUUGUGGAAAGUCCAGUCCUGACAAUGAGGCAAUGAAGUUGGCUCCUUGUGCUGUGGCUGCUCAAGAUGAGAAAGCAGCUGUCUCUAACAGCUGCUGCCUUCAAGUGAAGAACAUUGGCCAGAACCCCACCUGUCUCUGUGCUGUUCUUCUUUCCAAUACUGCCAAGAGCUCUGGCAUCAAACCUGAGAUAGCUAUUACUAUCCCCAAACGCUGCAACUUUGCAAAUCGACCAGUGGGGUACAAAUGUGGACCUUACACAUUGCCAUGAUGGGAUAUGAUAUGAUGUGAUGAUGUUGUGGAGCAUACAGUAUACAAAAACUGUUAGCUAUUUUAAUGUUGUUUUAAGUACGACUAUGUGUCACUCUCAUAGAAAAUAAAAGCUAGCAGCUUGUGCUGGUUUGUAUCUUUAUUGGAUAAUAAAACAGAUUAUUACUGUUA